AUCGAUAAUGAAUGAUCUCGUGUGUAGCACCUUUCACGAGAUAGGUUCCUAUCUGUGAAUUACGCUUUGUAGUUGAUUUAUCAAUAAUCGCGGAUAACGUGAAAUGCCGGAUUAACUUGUUCGGCAUCAUUUAAGUAAGUUUGUAAAGGAAUAUAGGAGGCGUGAAACAAAUGUGGAGCAUCCCGAAAGCAGGCUCCGAGUUAGGACUGGGUUAGGUUGAUGGCUGUUGAGGCCGGAGCCUUUCUUGUUCAAAUGAAAGUAUUAAUACCCUAGGUUGAAACGGGUUUAACUGCGGUAUACUUUUAUCCGAGUACUUUUAGAGUACUCUGCCCCUGAGAGAGUUCAUAUUCUUCAGGGGUAGAUCCUCUUUGGUAAUUCGUUUUUCUCAAAAAAUGGCAUCGCAAAGUCAGAAUGCUACGACUGUGAGUCCAAGUGUUUCACCGGCGAAUGGAUCAUCCGGACCGACGACGACCUCCUCGGUCUGCACUACAAAGAUGCAGUCGUUCACCUCUGCACCAUCCUCACAACCUUAUGAGCAAAAUUCGUCACCAUCAUUAUCGCCGUCACCGUCACCGUCACUGUCACCGUCACCGACACCGUCACUGUUACCGAUGCAGGAGCAACAGCAUCAACAAACUCUGCAAUCCAACAAUGUAGAGGCACUUGAUAAAAAUUCUUCGAAUACGUUGAAACGUAAUCCAAAAAUGGAACUGAGCAAAAGUGAUUUAUUAAAGUUGUUAGGACAUCUUGAAGGAGAAUUACAAGCAAGAGAUAUUGUAAUAGCAGUAUUAAAGUCAGAGAAAUUGAAACAUCUAUUACAAGCUCAAUAUAUGAGUAAAAGCACAGAUCCACAUGCUGCACUUAUUCGUGAUAUGGGGUUAAUAGGAGACAUAGGAUUAAUGGGACAUGAAUCAAAUCAGAUACAUCAACAAGUUGCUAGUUUAGAAGCACUUGUACAACAACAAAGGCGUAUGAAGUCCAGGAUGACUAAAAUUCUUCAAGAUGCUGAACUUAGACACAGAGCAGUAGUCAAAGAAUUAGAAGAAGAGAAACGGAAACAUGAACACGAUACUGCCCAAGGUGACGAUAUUACAUAUGGACUUGAAAAAGAUAGGACACGCUUGAAGAAAGAAUUAGAAGUAGAGAAACAAUACAACAAAGGCCUGGAAGCAAAGUUAAAGAAAAUAACUGAAACUCAAGACUCAGAGCAAUCAUUACACCAGAGAAUAGUACGUGCUCUGUCAAGUGAAAGUAGAAGGUUACACAUAAAGUAUGUGGAGGAAAAAAAGAGAUCAGAGGAUUUGACACAGAUAUUAAGUGAGGAAAAAGUGAGAAUAGAUGCAAUGGCUGAAGGACUUGAAGAAGAAAGUAAGAAGUCCUUACAGAUGGAAGCAGAAUUAGAAAAACAACUGGCACAGUUUGAUAUGGAAAGGCAGCAGUAUAGGCAAGCUUUAGCAAAAGAAGAAAAGAGGGUGAAAGAUCUCGAAUUAGAAUUAGAAAAACUUAGAAAUGAAAUGGACGUGUUAAAAGAAUCUCAAACACGUGGCUCUCCAAGAGGAGUGGGUACAACUCCACCACCUCCUCCAGUCAAGCCAGCUAACUUAGUUGCUAUACCUACAAUUAGGCCUGCUAGUGUUCCACAAACAAUUAAAGGCACAGUAUUGGGCACUGGGACGCCAAUGGUUAGUAGCAAAGUUGUUCAGCCCACUGCCACGGUAUCUAGUGUUCCUGUCAGCGGUCCAACUACUGGGAUCGCUAGAUCAGUAACUCCUGGACAGGCAUUACGUGGGGUCACAUACACAUCCAACAUUACGUCUACCAGUGGAGAGACUGCAAUUUCUUCAGAUACACAGGCUGUAGAGAAACGUGUGGUUGUACCUGCUACCGUUAAUCCUGGAGGCGCAGUAAAACUUAUCCCGCCGACGCAAACUGCAGGCAAGCUCGGUUUUCACGUUGGCUCCGGUUCGACCGUUCAAGCAUCUGGCAUGCUGCCCUCGAAAAAGCCACCGAUAUCACGCGGGGUCCCUCCCCCAGUACCACCGAAUAAACCGGUGGUACCACCUAAAAAGGAGGCCGCUUAUCUUAGGAGGGCCGAAUCCACGCAAGCGACACAGGAUGCCGUUAAAAUCGGCAAACAAGUCGCGGCGCAUCCUGCUGCUGCACCCGCCGCACCGCAGGUCCAACAGGCAAUAGCGGCCUUUACUCAAGCCUCCGAAGAAGAGGUUAGUAAUGCAGCUCCUGUCUCCUAACCCUGCCACGUCUUCACAUCUUUUUCGAUUCAGUCGUGUUUCUGUUUCUUCCACCCUCCGGUGCACGGGUGAAGGUCACCCGCAGGGUCCGACGGACUCGAUCAUUCCUUUUGUCCAAUCCGUAGACUCGUUUCUUGGCGACGGAGCCGUUAGUUUACCGUUAGUUGACUGUUUCAGAGUCGUACAGACAAUUCCAAGACUGUGGAACAGGGCAAGAAGUAUUUUCCCCCGUGCACCGGACGGUUCACCCUCUGCUAUGAUUCUCCAAUUCUUCUCCGCGUAAUAAUCUAGUUCGAAUUUUUCUGAGAAUUACUCUACGAUCGAGGAAAGCACAAGGAACUUGUUACCAAUGCGUGUGUCCUUCUUUCCUCGACGCCCGACUGAAUCUGAAUUGGGGGUCGUAGCAGAUUAUGGCCGUCAGCCGUCUAGUUAACCGGAAAUUGAUAAUGUAAUAUGAUUUUAAGUAACGAUACUGUAAACUUUCUUGUAUCUCUUACACUUAUUACAUUUCUUCAUUCUGUUAAUAACUUUGGACGACUCAUUGGGUUCCCAAGAAAGUUAUCCUUCCUCUUUGCUCGGAUGAUCAGUGCGAAGGAGUUGUUUCUUCUUGGAUGGAUGGUUCGCCGAGGUCGUAUUUCUCGUAUCUUUUAACGUAUUCAAGUUCGCGAGUGGCUAUUACGCGAAUUAGGGUUGCCGGGAUGUCCGGGAUUUUGAUUGAGAUUGCGAAAUUCUAGGAUCUCGAAAUAAGCGGUGUUAACGAUUACUAAUUUCUAAAAAUAAAAAGAGCGGCAGGAAUUCUCGGGUAAAUUGGGGUUUGUUAGCAUGCGUUGUCUUUUUCUAAAAUAUCCUAAUCUUGUACAUAUCAGCAAUGAUGUCUCUGUUAUCUGGCGAAUCGGGAACUGCUUAGCGACAUCUAGAAUUACGCGAGUCCCUGUUCCUAAUCAAAGCGGUAGGGAUUGUAGGUUCGAACAAAUGUCUCGGACGAGCUAUUUAUAUCGAAGGUGCCUGAACGUGUUAAUGCAUAUUUGUGUUACCUCGUUCGACUGUCUCGCACUAACGCCUAAGCAAUAAACGAAUCAGAUACUUUAUGUAACGUUAACAAACUUUCUGAUUGGGAAAUAAUGUUUUCUUUAAACCAGGUGUUCGUAAAAUGAUCUCUUUGAAGAGAAAUUUACAUGUAAUCUAGCAACGAGCGAGAUACUUGUCGACAAUUAAUUAAGUGCCGUGGGUCGCCGUCGUUUCGCCUGAGAGUUGCACGUUACAUUAUUCGGAACACAAACUUCUUCUUCUUUCGAAUGUCGCGAAACCGUCCAAGAAGAAUGCAACUGUGUCGGAGAGACUUUAAUCGAAUUCUUUUUUUGGGUGCCCGAUGAAUCGGAAAUGUUUAACGUGCACGAACACCAUUCAGAGCUCGUGAAUAUGAUUUCAGACAAAGCCACGUUGAUUUAACAACGGGUAGGAAAAAAAAAGAGAAAAACGCAGUAAGCAUUAUUACUAAAAGUUUAAGAAAGUCUGAGUCCUGUGUACCGUGUGAAACAAACAUGAGAGAACAGAAAUAACUAAAUGAUACUUAGGGUUAGCGUAUUCGAACCACACGGAGCGGGAUCUGUAACGACGUUUCUGAAUCAACGAAACAAAAGAGAGAGAAACAAAGAAACGUGUAUAUUACCCGAACUGCUCCUUCAUCGAUUGAUCUUACUUUUUUUUUGCGUAUAAUAUAAGACAUCAUUAAUCUACAUCGCUAGAUCUCAGUCCAGCCGGACGGAACCGAGAACGGAACCGCCGGUCAUUAUUGACGAUCCACCAUGAAACCAUGCUUGUAACAUUGUACUAUAGCCGUGAAGUCGAAUCGAAAUCGGAUUAUUCGAAUUAUUUAAGGUAGACUCUUGUAGAUUCUGUAGUUUAUUAACUCGCGACCCGUUCCGAAUUACGUUAAACAGAAACGGAGAAAAAGAGAAAGAGAGAGAGAGAGAGAGAGAGAGAGAGAGAAAUAGAAAUA